UAAUGCGAAAAGCAAUAUUCUCUACUUGUUUAUUUAUAUAAUUAUUUGAAAAUCUAUAAUUAAUCAACGAAUUGUAAUUUUUUCAGUAAAUAUACCUUCUUAACCAUGAGGAAAAUUCAUAAUUGUUUAAAGGUGUAAUUGUAAACAAUAACAUUUUUUAACAUAAUCAAAUAAAUAUUUGUAAAUACAAUGUCUGAUCCACCUAAGAAGCGAUACAGACGCGAUGAGAAGGACUCGGAAUCAGAAGAAGAUAUUGAUAACUACACACCGUACGUUCCUAUAAAAGAGCGUAUAAAAGAUAAACUCCUGAAACUAGGCCGGUUAGGUCAGGUAGCAAACGAGGUUGCAGCUGAAACAAAGAGUUCGAGUGACAAUGAUCCUGAUGACGAAGGUUCUCAAGAAGAGUGGGGCCGUCGCUACAAUGUCUCACUCCUAGACCAGCAUAGUGAGCUAAAAAGGAUUGCAGAGGCACGGGCACUGUCUGCAGCUGAAAGACAGGCAAAAGAAGAAGAGCAUAUUCUAGAGAGUGUUGCUCAAAGCAAGGCUUUGAUGGGUGUUGCCGAGUUAGCUAAAGGUAUCCAGUACUUUGAGCCAAUUAAAACAUCAUGGAGGCCUCCUCGGUGUAUCCUGGAGCUGCCAGAGGAAAGGCACGAAAUGGUCAGAAACAAGUUGAUGAUCCUUGUGGAAGGGGAUGAUGUUCCACCACCGAUACAGACAUUCCAACACAUGAAGUUCCCUAAAGGUGUUCUGCGAGGAUUGGAGGAGAAGGGUAUCAAGAAGCCGACACCAAUCCAAGUCCAGGGGAUCCCAGCUGUGCUGAGCGGCAGAGACAUGAUUGGAAUUGCCUUCACUGGCUCCGGCAAGACCCUGGUGUUCGCAUUGCCACUUAUCAUGAUGUGCUUGGAACAGGAAGUCCAGAUGCCUUUCAUAAAGAAUGAAGGCCCCUAUGGGUUAAUUAUUUGCCCGUCACGUGAACUCGCCAAACAAACGCACGACAUCAUACUGCACUUUAUAAAACACAUGAAGAUGACCGGCUUCCCGGAGAUCAGGAGCUGCUUAGCAAUUGGUGGUGUUGCUGUGUCGGAGUGUAUGGAGACAGUGCAGCGCGGGGUUCACAUCAUGGUGGCGACGCCGGGACGCCUUAUGGACAUGCUUGAUAAGAAAAUGGUACGUCUCAAUGUGUGCCGGUAUCUUUGCAUGGAUGAGGCUGACCGUAUGAUAGACAUGGGGUUCGAGGAGGACGUGCGAACGAUAUUCUCAUACUUUACCGGGCAGCGUCAGACGCUGCUGUUUAGCGCGACAAUGCCGAGAAAGAUCCAAAAUUUCGCGAGGUCCGCUUUAGUAAAGCCAGUUACUGUGAACGUGGGACGAGCUGGAGCUGCGUCUCUCAACGUACGCCAGGAGCUCGAACUUGUCAAAGCUGAAGCGAGAACUGUCCAUUUAUUGCAUUGUCUACAAAAAACGCCACCUCCUGUACUAGUUUUCGCUGAGAGAAAGCAACAUGUGGACGCUAUACACGAGUAUCUCCUGCUGAAAGGUGUAGAAGCAGUUGCUAUUCAUGGUGGGAAAGACCAGGAGGAGAGAUCUCGUGCUGUGGAGGCGUUCAGAAAGGGAGAGAAGGACGUUCUCGUCGCAACUGACGUGGCCAGCAAAGGGCUCGACUUUCAGAAUAUACAGCACGUAAUUAACUACGACAUGCCAGAAGAUAUAGAGAACUACGUGCAUAGGAUUGGAAGGACAGGUCGAGCAGGGGGUAUGGGCGUGGCAACCACGCUCCUUGGAAGACAACAGGACGAUAGCGUGCUCAGAGAUCUGGCUCAUCUGCUGCGAGAGGCUGGCCAGAAGGUACCAUCGUUCCUGCUUGAGAUGAUAGGAGAACCCGAGGUCCCUACUGCGCCCACUGCAGAUGGCCAGGGCUGUUCCUACUGCGGGGGUCUGGGCCAUCGGAUUACCGAAUGUCCAAAACUGGAGGCAGUACAAAACAAGCAGGCUUCGAAUAUUGGCAGGAGGGACUAUCUGGCGAAUACCGCGGCGGACUACUAGAUAUAUUGUUACCAUUCGAAUAUAUUACUUAUUAUAAGGUGUAUAGGUGUUAUUUUAUCUGAGAGAAAGAAAGUCUUUUAAAAAAUGUGUAAAACUA